AUGAAACAAUCCCUUACAAACCAAAAGGGUUUCAUCACGAAAAAAUUUUCACCACACCACCACCACCACGCGCUCUCAACAUUCCCUAACGACACCUGCGACAGAAUGGAUACAAAUAUCCAACUUCGACCAUUGCUCACGGACCGUCCAUGUUGGACUUUUUUCUUUGACCAACACCCGACCCAACUUUCAAAAUACUUCACGAUACCUCACCUUGAGCCCUCAAGAUACAUUUACUUUUUCAAUUCAAGACCUCGCGCUGAUAUCAUUGGGUCACUAGCUGCUCAAUAUCGUCUUCUCGAAGCACACAGAGCUGAUGAUAGUCCUCUCCCAGGAAAAUUGACUGGCAUUCUGGGGAAUUCGAACAUGGUUGUUGCGACCCUAAUCCACUCGAAUUACGUUUUCGUGACUCCUGGGUUCCUUCCCGAACCGCCGCACCCAGACGACAAAAAAGGACGCCCGGUAGGGAUCUACUGCCCGGUUUGCAACGCCGGACUAAAGUACUGGACUCCCAAGGCUGACGCAUGGUCCAUUGGAUGCCCAAAUUCUCAAGAACAUAACACGCGAACAUGGCGCUGCGACCAAUUCAACCACGAAAGAACCCUCAUCAACCUUGGGUUUCCGAGGCCGAUCAUUUCGAGCUUCAAAGAUUGGGGACCACGUGUAUCACCUGCCGGCGUCAUUCUCGAUCCUCCUCCUACGCCUGCAUGGACACAAGAAUAUAUGCCCUUUCUUUUGGCCACUUGUGAGAUUUUGGGUUGA